AGCUUGUAGUAUGAGGCGGCAGUUUCGGUGCGGCUGCGGCCAGAGCAACAGGUAGACGCGGCGACUCCGGAGGCCACAGGUAGACGAGUGCUGAGAGCCUCGCAGAUUGUCGUGUUAUCUGCAGCAGCCCUGUCAUGACAAUGCUCAUCAUCUCGGGUUUAACGCUCUACAUGCUGUACACGAUGAUUACGCAACAUAUGAACAACAUGGCGAACAGACUGUUGCCUAAUCAAACUCUCAGUGCCAACGAAUCCCUGGUCGCCGGCAUCCCCAACAGCUGGCUCGAGGUCUGGGAUCCCCCGGUCGUCGCGGGCGAUGAGGGCGACGUGGACAGACUCGUGUAUAAGCGGCGAGUGGAGGCUGACUGGCCGGUCGUCCUCGGAACUUACAAGCACGUCAAGGACGAGAACUUCGGCGAAUAUCUCACGGUUUCGGAUCUGGACAACGUGUACGGUGACCUGCCUGAGGAGGACGGCAACGCCUUCCAGAUGAUGAUCAAGACGGAAACUUGGGUCAGAGACAUCGAGAUGCGGUUCAAGUUGGGUCAGCCUUUCCACCAUAUUGAGGCUGAUGGCUCGGAUUCCCAGAACACCUUCUGGUUCGUGGAGCCGCGAGUGCUGCUGCUGGACAAGUACCGCGGCGAAGACCACCACCGCAUCAUCUACCAGUUCGGUCUCGGCGGAUACAAUACGACGAUGGUGGAUUUAUCAAGAAACAUUACAGCCAAGCGGAUUUUCAAGAGAGCGCAGCCAGAGUCCGCCGGAGAGAAAACGACAGAAAACGGGAUGAGCAAAAUGGAGGAAGAGAGUAAUGCGUUUUUAAAUGAAGGAGCGGUGGCGGAUGACGGAGAGAGCUUUAAUAAUGAAACUCAAGCGCUCUCCAGCGACAGGCAGGAAAUCGUGUUGGAAGCAGGGAACGCCACGGACGGGUUUUGGCAGGAUGGGUGGGAGGAUGGUAUAGAAAACGGGACUUUGGCAGAAAACGGGAAAGGAAAUAUAGAAAACGAAGACGCUAUAGGAAGCGAGGAGACUCAUAAAGAAAGAGAAACUGUCUUGCAAGAAAAUAGGGAUAGUAUAAACUCGACAGCAGGAGAACAGGAAGGGAAUAAAAAUAAUAAUGGCAUGACAAACAGCGAUGGCAUCGAUAAAUUCCCUCCCACGCCGGAGUCAAACUUUGAAGUUUUUGAAAAUGUAACGGUUCUUGAAGGAGAGCGCGCAAAUACCACCGACCUGUUCACCGCCCAGAAUUCCAAUAACCAAACAAUAGAUAACAUAGAUAAUGAUGAAAGAAGGAAAUGAGGCGGCGAGUGAUGAUAAUAGAGAGAUAAGAUUUCCCCGCAGGAUUUCGAACCGAAUACAACUUUUCCCGCAGAAAACCAGGUAAAAUAUUAGUGAAGGAAAUGAUCAGCCCUCUUGCUCCGAGGCUCGCAACCCCGAACUGACUGGCGGAUGAACGGAUGAAACUGACAGUUCGAUUACAGUAACUGACGACUCAUCCGGAAGCACUCCAGGCUUUGUUAUAGUGAACGAUGGAUAUAACGGUGAAACGGUUUGCGCUGACAUUGAUGUAGAGGUGAAUGAAAAAAUGAUAUGAAACAAUUCGUUUUUUUGUCAAUCGUGCGAAAAAUCUGUGAUGUAAAUAUGAAGUUUUAAGUGAGCGUGAAUUGCGGUUUGUUAUUUUUACAGAACCAUAUACGAAGGGAAUGAAACUAAAGACAAUGGUGCAUUGGUUAUUAGUGCAUGUACUUACGACAUGCGCGUGCUAGAGAAUUAUAUGUAAGUGGCUGUGCAUCUGUGUGCUUGAGAACGUUAACCUGUGCAAGUAUAUUUUUGUAUGUGUGUGUGUGUGUGUGUGUGUGCACGACCACAUAGAAGUAUCUUUUUUAUCAGUUGUUUUAGAUGUUUCCAUUUACAUUUGUUCAAAUUGAUCACUCCUGUUCUGCAUGAUCAGCUCAACAUUAUUAUGUACUCCUUUAGUAUUAUUAUGCUCCUUCUCUGCAUAUGUUGACCAUUAAAGACUUAUUCUAGUACGGAACUAAAGUUUU